CUGCAGACGACGUGACUCGACGCGGAGAGCCAACCCUUGGCAGCGGGACACGCGGCAUCAGCAACAUCCAGCAUCAGCAGCAUUUUGGAUCCAGCGGUUCGCAGUCGGCGUUCUCAUCAGGCAGUGGCAGCUAUGGAUCUGCUGCUCCUGCCGGACGAAGUGCUGCUGGCGGUGCUGGCGCACCUCGAGCCCAGGCAACUCUUGCAGUGCCGCGCGCUGUGCCGCCGCCUGAGGGACCUGUGCCUGCACCGGCGACUGUGGCAGACCGCCGACGUGUCGGACCUGUUCUUGCUGCGCGCCGCGUUGAACCUCGCGCCGUGCCUGGGGGAGGUCCGCGUCACGAACCCGGAGGCCGUGGCGUACCUCGUGCAGGGGACGGCGUGCGUCGUCAGCGACCUGUCCGUGGAAGUGGGCAGCCAGCUGGACGCGGCCUUCGCCACCACCAUCGUGGGGAAGCUGUCUGCCCUCGGCGGCGCCAAGAAGCUGUCCCUUCAUUUCCACUGUCCCCUGCCGACUCCCUCGGUUGCCACGCUGCUGAAGGCAGUCGUCCACAUCGAUGGCCUCCAAGAGCUGCAAGUCUUCGGAACUGGUGCCUUCGACCCGAUGGAGGCUGUCUUACCCUUGAGCGACCUGGAGCUCCGCCCCUCGUUGAGAAAGCUGUCGUACUGGUCUCGUGAGGUGGACCCCUGCCUGGAUCUCCUUCUCAAGACGCACGCCCCCACACUGGAAGAAGUGUUCUUGUUUUUCCUUCACGAGAUCCCCACGACCCUGCUGGGCAGCAUGCCCCGGCUGCGCGUACUGGCCUGCCACCCCUGCGACCGCCUGUCCGAGCUGGCGGACCUGCCCAGCCUGGAGAGCGUUCGUCUGAUGGGGGCGCGCGUGACCGAGGAUGGCGCUUUCUGUGCCGGUUUAGUGGACUUCCUGCGAAGGUCGUCGCACCUGCGUUCGGUGGAGUUCAACGGGACGCGCGAUGUGGGCUCCGACGCCCACCUCGUGGCGCUGGCCGACUCGCCUUCGGCUCUCCACAUCAACGCGAUCUCGGGCGUCGACGUGGCUCAGGGUCUCCUGGAGCGGGUCGCCGCCACGCUCCCGAAGUUCUCCCUCCUGAAGUACCUCGGCCUGGACUCGGUGCCACCCAACGUCGUGCUCAAGGCCAUCAGCCCCGAGACCCUCCCCAGCCUCUCCGUGCUCAGUGUGCGCUCCACCGACCGCGGCAUGUGUCUGCACGCGUGGCUACACGACCCGGCCGUGCAGGACGUCCUCGUGAGGAACCCCAACCUGCACCUGUACGAGGCCGGCAUGUCCACCAUCCCCGACAACUGUGCUUGCGCGUGGUGCCGCUGGGGCUGCCACGGAACCCUCCAGCACUUCAACUAUUACUCGUCCCAUGUCAGGAGGGCUGACUGCCCGCAGAAGUGCUUCCAGGUGGUCGGUUGUAGCUCGUAACCGUGUGCCAUCAGGUCGGUGUUAAAGUAACCCAUGCCCUGAUUUUUACUUACCGCUUACGAUUACAAUAGCCGCUCUGAUCGGUUCUGAUACUCAAUUGCAUUGUUUCCUACCACAAAUUCUUAAUUUUCUGAAUCAUUCUGUGUAAUGGGCAUAAUUUGGCAUAGUUUUCAAGUUAAGGGAGAUCUACUAGUAACAUUGAUGACAUGUUUUAGUUGACUUCGGAUCAAAAUGCAUUCAACGAUGAUAGCAUAUUGCACUGAUAUAAUAUUUCAUGUGUUUCUUGUGACUUUCGAUGAAUGUAUGUGCCAGGCUCAGAGUCCACUUGCCUUAAUUGUUGUUUUUUAUUUUAAGUUCAGUCCUAGCGUUCGAUUUAUCUGCGCUUUGUUAGUUCCCCUUUUUUGUGACGAAUUCAUCAAAAGUUCAGUGUCACAUUUCACUUGUAUAUGGUUUGGAACUGUAGUUCUCUAUUUGACAACGAACUUUUCAGAAUAAAUCAUUUUAAAAACAUUGAA